GGCGGAGCAAAGUGCGGCUGCGUGGUCGGAGCGGAGCUGAGGGAGCUGCUUUUUCAUUGAUCAAAAGAAGUGAAGUUAGAGGAGAAACAAACUAAAGCAUCGAUCCAACAUCUCUACCAACGUUCGUAUCGAUACUUGGAUCGAUCACCCACCCUGAUCUCCUGGAUGUGACCUGAGAACAGCGCUAAUCUGUCUGUGGGCUCAGCUACAGCUGAUCAUCAGGAGGAGGAGAGUCUGACGGAGCAGCAGAGGAACAUUUUCAGCCUCUACAGAGGAAACAAUGAGUUCAACACAACAGGACCAACAUGGACUGAGAAGUCAGUGCUCUCAGGAGGCUGACAAAGCUCACACAGAGAAGAGAGAAAAAGAAUACACCUGUGAUGAGUGUGGGACGGGCUUUAGUAGUAAGGGCUCAUUAAAAAAACAUCAAUUCAUCCACACUGGAGAGAGACCCUUUAAUUGUGACUUGUGUGGAAAGUCUUUUACCCAGGCUGCAGGCUUAAAAAAGCAUCAACUCAUUCACAGUGGAGAGAAACCAUACAGCUGUGACCAGUGUGGCAAAGCCUUUUCUCUUAUUACCACCUUACGGCAGCAUCAAGUUACCCACUCUGGAAUUAAAGCAUACAGCUGUGACAUUUGUGGAAAAACUUUUACCCGCAUAGGGAACCGAGACAGACACCUACGCAUUCACACUGGACACAAUGCUUACUGCUGUGAUCAGUGUGGCAGAAAGUGUGCAGCAUACUCAGAUUUACGCCGUCAUAUAUUGACCCACAGUGAAGAGAGACCUUAUCACUGUGACCUGUGUGAUAAGACUUUUAAAGAUCCACAUACCCUGAAAGGACACCAACAGAUCCACAGCAGAAAGAGACUCUACAAGUGCAGUUACUGUGAGAAGCAGAGCCACACAGAUGGAUCCAGUUCUCAGUCCUGUCGUCGCUGUGGUGGUGGGAAAGCGUUUCGCUGUGACCUUUGUGGGAAAACCUUCAAUCAUCAGCAGAACCUACAAAGACAUCAGCGUAGACACACUGGACACAAACUGAACUACUGCAAAGAAUGUGGGAGAAGCUUCCCCACAGCAAGUGAAUUAAAAAAACAUGAACUCAUCCACAGUGGGGUUAAAAAUCACGUCUGUGACCAGUGUGGGUCAUCCUUCAUCACUGCAGGUCAGCUUAAAGUACAUAAACGAGUCCACACAGGAGAGAAACCAUACAAGUGCAGACACUGUGAGAAAAGCUUCUCAUGUUCAGGUAAUCGUAACGAUCAUGAAGGUACACAUAUUGAAGGGAACUACAGGUGUGACCAUUGUAACAAGAGCUUCAAGAAUCUCAGUUCAUACUCCUACCACAAACGAUACCACGCUGCAAAGAAACUGUUUCACUGUUACCAAUGUGCGAAAACAUUCACUUCAUUAUCUGCUCUGUCCAAACAUCAGCGUGAUCAUGCAGAGCUGAAAUCAUUCCCAUCAUUGGAUCACAGUGAAUCUGCAGACACACAAAGAUCCUCUUCUGGUUGCAGGGUCAAACUUAAAAACCUUGAGAUCCGGCUCCACAGAAUUCCGAUGGAAUCUCCUGUAAAGAAUGUCAGCUAAUGUUACACUUGGAUCUGAUGAGGUAGCUCUGAUUUCUGGACUUGCAGAGAAUAAUCCUGAAUCUGACAUUUAGGAAGCUGCAAGUACAGAUAUAUACAUCAAGGUUUUUCUUUUUCUUUGAGGAAUUUUAUUAAUCCUUUAAAAUGUUAUCCCAGAUUUUCCAGUUCAAUUUUAAUUAUUUCAGAAACAGUAGUAUUUAGUAGUAGUACUUGUAUUAUAGAAAUUUCUUUUCUAUUAUAGUAUCUGAUACGCCUGUGUUUAAACUUCAUAUAUGGUAUUGUCUGUCACUGUAAGACAUGCAUUAUAGUUGAGGCCCUCUUAGCUGAAACCAUUUCUAGCCAAUCCUAUAGGCAUCAUAAACCAGAUGUUAGAGCCAUAUAAGACUCAGAGAGUAAGGCAGAGAACAACAGAUUGGCAUUAUUGUCCCAGAUGUGCUACUACUGUGUUUAAUAAGCAGCAGCCAUCAAUAACAACAGACAUGUCUCAUUAGAAUUUAAUUAUUAAACUAAAUAUUUCUCACAGGUGAAACUGUCUGUUGUUAUGAAUAUUAUCAGGUCAUUAAUAUCCAUUUAUACCACUACAAUAACUAAGUCAGAGUUGUUCUAGUUUGUUUUUAAUUAAUUUAAAUCUUUCUUUUGUAAUUUUGUAUUUAAUCCAGUUCAGUUUGUUCCAAGUGUAGAUUUAUAUUAUUGUAGGUUUUUCUUUGUUUCCUUUUCAUUAGUUUGUGUUACUUUUCUUUGUAUUGCAGUAAUAUGUGGAAGUGUUGUCAGGAAGAGGACAGAUUUAGGAAGUACAGAGCAGGUAUUACAAUUCAAACACAGCAUCUUUGUGAAUGACUCACAGUGAUGUAGAAAUCCAAGUCUCAGACAUCUGCCCACUGAGUUAGCUUUGAAUCUUUUUAUAAUCCUUUUAAUGCUUUUGAUUUUAGUCAUGGCUGUAAACUUAAACAUGAUCAGCAUUUUAACUCUGACCUAAAGAAUGUGGAAAAGAGACUCGUGGAUCAACAGGAUCUGCAGUCAUUCACUCAAAUAUUUCUCCCACCAGCUGAGUCACAUAUUUCAGUUCCAGGAAGUCUUCACAGACACAGCAUGCAGCGAGUGGAUGGAAAGAUGCUGUGGUAAUCCCUGCUCCUAAAUCCAGUUCUCCCAGGACUCUAAAUGAUUUCACACCAGCUGCUCUGAAAACCUUCCAACAUGAACUAAAACCAUCACCAGGAUGUGAAACAGCAGCUGCUGUGUCUUUAUGUCCAAAAAAGAUGUGAACUGAAGCUGAACUGAGGCUGUACUUCUGUGUAAUACCAAUCUGUACCACAAGAUGGAGCAGUGAGUCAGUGUGACCUUUAUUUAAUCAGACAAAGAAGUCGUUCUUAUUUCCAGGGGCGGCCUGCAGAAGUCAAAGCCUCUUGAGGAAAUGGGGGUGAGGCAGCAAAGAAGGUAAAAACAGCAGCACAUCAGAAACAUCUCAGGAGCUUUUUAAAGUUUCCAGAUGAUCUGUUGUUGUUGGUCAGCUCCAGGACAGUGAGAGCAGCCAUGGCCCAGUCCUCUUGUCUUAAUGCUGUUUAAUGCUUUGUCUGUUACUGCCUUUGCUUUAGUGUGGCAGGCAGUGGCUGAUGUCUCUGUCAGUAAGAAGGCUGGAACACUGACACUGAUGAAGAUGAUGAAGAGCGCCUUGGACCUGUUUGAUUUUUGAGACCAUAAACACAGAUUUUUAUUUCCCAGCAGCCGGAUGAACAAACGAGUGUUUGUCUUCCAUCAUGUAGGGUGGAUUUGUUCUUCUUUUUCCUUCACUGUGUUUGAUUCUGUUUCUGGGAUGUUUGGAAAGGUUUUCAUUUUCACAUGGAUGAGCUGCUGAAUGCAAACCAAAUGUACCUGCAGGAGCAAAUAAACUCACCUGAACCUGAA